GACAAAAUGGGGAACGGAUCAGUGAAACCCAAGCAUCUGAGGCGGCCAGAUAGACACGGAGCAAACCUCUCCAUUGGCUGUGCUGGCAACCGUAAGUUUUUGAAGGACCCAGGUCUAGGCAUCAAUGUGAUCAAUGGGCAAGCUGAUGUUCUUUGCAGCAGGGUGCUUGAACUGGAAAAGGAGCUGAAGAGAAAAGAUCAAGAGUUGCAAGAGGGUCAGAGUCGUGUUGCUGAGCUUCAGGAACAGCUGGCUGUGCAGACUAAGGUCAUAGCAGAACUCACCAAGGAACUUCAGAGCAAGUGCAUACAGUUGAACAAGCUGCAGGAUGUUGUUAGCACUCAAGGAGAGCACUUUCUUCAGCCUUCUCCAUUUAAAGUGGCUUCAAGGAUUCAAGUCUCUGCCGACAGGAGGAGAGGAGCCAAGGAAGGUGUGUCUGCAGAGCCGACAACACGGCUGUAUGACUUGAACAGGCAAGCUACCUUUUCCUUUGAAAAAGCAAGAGUCCGAAAGGAUUCCAGUGAGAAGAAGCUUAUCACGGAUGCCCUGAAUAAAAAUCAGUUCUUGAAGAGACUGGAGCCUCACCAGAUCCGAGAUAUGGUGGAAUGUAUGUAUGAAAGGACUUUCCAGCAAGGGAGCUACGUCAUCAGACAGGGAGAGCCAGGCAAUCACAUUUUUGUACUCAAAGAGGGCAGUCUGGAAGUCUUUCAGCAGAAUAAACUACUUUCCUCAAUACCUGUGUGGACGGCAUUUGGUGAACUAGCCAUUUUAUACAACUGCACACGGACAGCCUCUGUGAAAGCGAUCACCAAUGUUAAAACAUGGGCAUUGGACAGAGAAGUGUUUCAAAAUAUCAUGAGAGUCACAGCACAAACAAGACAAGAGCAAUACAGAAACUUCCUUAGAAGUGUGUCCCUGCUGAAAAACUUACCUGAAGAUAAAUUAACCAAGAUCAUGGACUGCCUGGAGGUGGAGUAUUAUGACAAGGGAGAUUAUGUUAUUCGGGAAGGAGAAGAAGGAAACACCUUCUUUAUAAUAGCAAAAGGAAAGGUGAUAGUUACCCAGAGUACUGCAGAUCACUCGCAACCUCAGCUGAUUAAAAAUCUACAUAAAGGAGAUUACUUUGGAGAAAAGGCUCUCAUUAGUGAUGAUGUCAGAUCAGCAAACGUUAUUGCCGAUGAAUACAAUGUGGAGUGCCUCGUAAUAGACAGAGAGACGUUUAAUCAAACUGUUGGAACUUACGAGGAGCUCCAGACUUACCUUGAAGGUUAUGUGGCUAAUCUGGCCCGGGCUGAUGAAAAGCGACAUGCGAAAGGAAGAUCCUUCUGUGGACAGUCGACCAAAGAAGUGUCUUUGGAGAUGAUAGAGCUGAAGGAGAAAGUAGCCCAGUUCCCUCCUUCCCCAUUCCAGAAUUUAGAAGUUGUCACAACUCUGGGUGUUGGUGGGUUUGGAAGGGUCGAGCUGGUUAAAGUGAAAAAUGAGAACAUGGCUUUUGCUAUGAAGUGUAUAAAGAAGAAACACGUAGUAGACACCAAACAACAAGAGCAUAUCUAUUCUGAGAAGAAAAUCCUCGAGCAGAUAUGUUCUCCAUUCAUUGUAAAACUAUAUCGCACAUUCAAAGAUGCUAAGUAUGUAUAUAUGCUGCUGGAGGCUUGCCUUGGAGGGGAAUUGUGGAGCUUGCUGAGAGACAGAGGCAGCUUUGAUGAAGCCACUACCAAAUUCUGUGUUGGGUGUGUGACAGAGGCUUUUGACUAUCUACAUCACAUAGGAAUUAUCUACAGAGACCUGAAGCCAGAAAAUUUAAUUUUGGAUGCUGAAGGAUAUAUAAAACUGGUUGAUUUUGGAUUUGCAAAGAAGAUCGGAUCAGGGCAGAAAACAUGGACGUUUUGUGGAACGCCUGAGUAUGUUGCCCCUGAAGUCAUUCUGAGUAAAGGCCAUGACUUCAGUGUGGAUUUCUGGUCCCUCGGGAUUCUUGUGUAUGAACUCCUUACUGGCAGUCCACCGUUCUCUGGGGCUGAUCAAAUGAUGACCUAUAAUUUGAUUCUCAAAGGCAUUGAAAAGCUGGAUUUUCCUAAAAUAAUAACAAGGCGGCCUGAGGAUUUGAUCCGCAGACUCUGCAGGCAAAACCCUACAGAAAGAUUAGGCAAUCUGAGGAAUGGAAUUAAUGACAUCAAGAAGCACAGGUGGUUGAGUGGUUUUAACUGGGAUGGUCUGAAAGUGAGGAGAUUAACAUCGCCUUUAAAAAGAGAGUUGUCUGGACCGACUGAUUACAGCUACUUUGACAGCUAUCCACCUGAAGAGGGAACCCCUCCAGAUGAACUUUCAGGCUGGGACAAGGAUUUCUGA